AUGGCGCCCGGUGACGUUACGACGACGCUCGCGCUUCCGCUCGCUGGGAAACAGUGGGACUGGGAAAACAACAGCUACGACGUCUUCGACAGCACCGCCACCGCCGACAACGACGACUACGACGUCGGCUCAACGCUGUGGGCGCCGACGGACAUCGUUCAGCUGCUGUGUAACGUCAGCGACGGCAACGCGUCUAGUCUCGCCGAGUGCGGCAUGGGCGGCGGCGGGCCGCGCCUGCCCAACAUGGCGUUCACGGAGGAGCGGCUGCUGUCGGUGGCCAUCUACGCGAUGCUGUUCGUUGUCGCUGGCGUCGGCAACGUCGCGCUGCUCGUGUCGCUCGUCAGGAGUCGCGGCCACUCGAAGCUCAACCGCCUCAUCAUGCAGCUCGCCAUCGCCGACCUCAUCAACGCCUUCGUCCUCAUACCGCUAGAGGUCGCCUGGACGAUCACGAUCACGUGGAACGCGGGCGACUUCAUGUGCCGCUUCAUGUCGUUCUGGCGAAAUUUCGGCCUGUAUCUGUCGUCGAACGUGUUGAUUGCGAUCAGCCUGGACAGGUACUUUGCCGUCGUGCAUCCGAUGAGCGUCAGCACAGCCGGCGUCCGAGGAAAGAUCAUGAUUGGCUUCGCUUGGCUGCUCAGCGCCAUCUGUAGUCUACCACAGUGUAUAAUCUUUCAUGUGGAAACACAUCCGAACGUACCCUCGUACACACAGUGUGUCACCUUCAACUUCUUCCCGUCAGCAUUGCAUGCGAAUGCAUACAACGUGUUUACGAUGGUGGCCGGUUACGGACUGCCGCUGUUGGUCAUCAUUGUGUCCUACUCCGCCAUAUUGAGGGAGAUCUAUCGCAAGUCGCAGGAAAGUAAAGAGACAACAUGAAUGUGCAAGUGUGUGUCGAGCGCGUCACGCGCCGGCAGCGGCGGCGGCCUGCGACGCUCCUGCGGCGGCAACCUGAGCAAGGCGAAGGCGAAGACGCUCAAGAUGACCAUCAUCAUCGUGCUCGUCUUCACGAUGUGCUGGACGCCGUACUAUGUCAUCGCCGCCUGGUACUGGUUCGAUCCGGCGACGGCGCGGCUCGUCGACCCGAAGGUGCAGCGAGGCCUGUUCAUGUUCGCUAUCUCGAACGCCUGCAUGGACCCGCUCGUCUACGGCCUGUUCACGAUCAACGUGCACCGCGAUGCGCAGCGCUGCUCGCAGUGGCUGCGCCGAUGUCUUCGCCGCCGCGCCGACGAUAAGGGCAUGUCGACCACGGCGUCGUCGGCGAACAUGUCGAGCAAUACGGAGCGCAUCUACGUGCACAUGACUCCGCUGGCGACGAGUCACAACGGCAUCGUAUCGGCGUUGUGAGCGCGGUGGGUUCGGACGGGCGGCGCCACUGUCGAUGAACGGAUCCAGAGACGUUCCGAUCUUAAAAGUGUGGUGGAUGUUCAUAGGCGGCGCUACUGUCAAGAAACGGAAGCAAAGACGUUUCGAUUUUAAGAGUGUGGUGGAUGUUCAUAGGCGGCGCCACUGUCUAUAGACGUAAAUGACAGUGCGGCGGAUAGUCGUGAUGACGCAAGGAGGCGCCACUGUCGAUAAACGAAAACGGAAACGGAGUAAAAACGCAUACAGGAUGUUUCGUUGUACGGUGGUGCGCACCAACAAGGAAACUAUGACGUCA